UUUAAAAAUAAAAUUCAUUUAAAUUCUAUGGAUUUUGAGUACAUCACUGAAAACGUUGCUGGACCUGGUUUAGAUCCGGGUUGCUUAGAGGAUCAAUUUGAAGGGUGUUCAUGUGUUGGAGAGUGCAGUGCUACUAGUAAAUGUUCAUGCAUUUUUAAUGGAUUGGUUUGUAUUUGCUAA